GUGACGCCAACUGUUUCAUCCUUUCUCCGCAGCCUCACUCAUCCUCACCAGUCACACGACCAUUCGCAAUAAGCCAUGAGGCCGAAUCAGGCGGAUCAGGGAGCCAUGUGCUCCUUAUUCUGAUCGCUGACUGAUCCAACGGCAGCGUCACCCAGAACGCUUCGUCGCAAUUUGAGAGAAGUGCAUCGACAAACUGCUUUUCUUGGGGUUUUUUCUGGAAUCAAAUCACUGUGCGUACAAUCUAAGUCGACCCGCUAGAAACUUCCUGAAAGGACUGGGCAAUUUGUCGUUGUAGUCACAUGUUCUCUCAUGUAACCCGAAAUUCCGGCAUCCGCGGAAAUGUGGGCAGAUGGCGGUCCAACGCGCCAGCGAAGACGGGGCCGUUGGGAAGCCGCGGCUCGACGACGCGAUCCGAGCACAAAAGAGACUGCAGCCGGCAUCUCGUAGUUAUCUUAGCCGUUACCAAUCUCUCGUUGCUGUUCCUCCACCCACUAUUAACAUUUAGAUCGCCAGGUCCAGGAAUUAGUGACGCGGAUGAUCAGGAUCCCUUCUCGAGAGCUGCUGCUGACGUGGCAUGGCGGUCUAGGCGGAAAAGAGGCGGCUUGUGGAGCGCGGCUAAGCAACGAUGGCGACGAGAAGACGGCAUUCAGGCAGAGAACGUCGCAAAGCUUCUAAACGAGGAUGCGGAGCGGUUCUCUCUGCCAAUCAAGCGGCGCCACGUCAGCACAGGCCACGGGCUGCAGGGCUUCGUGCUGUACAGCAGCUACCGGCUGAACCUGUCGUCCUUCGUGGUGCUCGGCCUCUCCCCCAUGGCGCUGCACUCGCUGCCACGUGCCAACUCGUGCAGAUGGGAGCCGACGCUGCCCGCAUCGCAUUCCACUCAUGGUACACGUGGCAAUCAUGAUACACGUGGCAAUCACGGUACCCGUGGUGUCUCUCGGCACCUGUUGCAGGUUAAGGGGAGUGGUAAAGGGGGAGGACAGGGUAAGGGGGAUGGGAAGGGCAAGGGGGGCGGACAGGGUAAAAGGGUGGGGGAGGGGGGAAGGGCAGCGCAAGGGAGGAAGACUGGGGUGAAAAGGGCGCAUGUGGUGCAUUGGGAAAAGAAGGGGGUCAGGAGAGCGGAGGAGGGAAGAGAAAGUGGGAAGAGGGCGGAAGGGGGGGGGACUGGGGAGAAGGGACGUGAGCAGGGGAUGCUCGUGCAUUCAUCUGCCGAAGAGGCGGUUAAGGAGAAGAAGGAUGCGGAAAAGGAGGCUGAAAUGAGGGCGACGGAGCAGCAGAAAGCACAGGGAAAGAAAGGCCGCGAGGCAGGCGGGGGCAGUGGGCGGGGAAAUCGAGGAGAGAAGGAAGGAGGGAAGGUAGGCGGGGAGAGGAGGGAGGAGGAGAAGGCAGGCGGAAGAGCCAAAAGAGGGAGUGCCGGUGUGCCUGCGAAGGGUGGUGUGCCUGCGAAGGGUGGUGUGCCUGAAAAGGGUGGUAGGGCUUCUAUUGGCGUACCUGAGAAGGGUGGUAAGGCUUCUCUUGGCGUACCUGAGAAGGGUGGUAAGCUUUUGAAGGAAGCCACAGGCAAGGGAGGUGGGGGAGUGGAGGGUCGGGGAGAGGGAGGGAGUAAGACAAUGCAAGGGGGUAGCAACAAACAGCCUCAAAUGGCUCCGAAGACAGCAGCAGCAGCUAAAGCAAGUAGUGCAGCAGCAGCCAAAGCAAGUAAUGCAGCAGCAGCAGCAGCAAAAGGUACAGGUGGAGAACGAGUAGCAGGAGGAGCAGCAGGAGCAGCAGCAGGAGCAGCAGCAGGAGCAGCAGCCGGAGCAGCAGCCGGAGCAGCAGCCGGAGCAGCAGCCGGAGCAGGAGCAGCAGGAGCAGCAGCAGGAGCAGGAGCAGGAGCAGCAGCCGGAGCAGCAGCCGGAGCAGCAGCCGGAGCAGGAGCAGCAGGAGCAGCAGCAGGAGCAGCAGCCGGAGCAGCAGCAGGAGCAGGAGCAGCAGGAGCAGGAGCAGGAGCAACUGGGGCGGAAGGGGAAAGACGAGGAGGAGGAGGAACGUCAGGGGCCAAGCAUCCCCCAGGGUCAAUACAGGGCACAGUUGCUGUGCACUACCCCGGGGAGGGCUUUAAGAUGCGGUACGAGGCGGUGAUCUUCCAGUGCACACUAAAGGAGGCCACGGGGCCGAUAUCCGGCGGCCGGCUGGUGAUGGCGGUGGAUGGGCGGGAGGCGGUGGUGAUGGUGGAGGAGCCGGGGCACGACCUGCCGCAUGCCAUGCGCACGCACGACUUCCCCCACGCCCUCACACACUGCUCCUCGCCGCUAUACGAGCCGACGCACGCCGACCGCGUGCGGCAGUGGGUGGAUUUCCACGGCACUGUUCACCGCGUGGACCUCUUCCUGCUCUACGACGCUGGGGGGGUGGAUACUGCCUUGAGACACGCCCUGCACUCGCUGCUGGAGGGCGGCACAGUGCAGAUCGUGGAUCUCAGAGAGGCCGCCCGGUUUGAGAGCUACCACCAUGCACAGCUCCUGGCGAUGAAUGACUGCAUCUUCCGCACGCGCCACCUCUCCAAGUGGACGCUCUUCCUUGACUUCGACCAGUACAUGUCCAUCCCGCACCCCUUGACCACCAAACACUACCCCACCACCACCACCACCACCACCACCAGCGGCAGCAGUAUCCCCACAUAUGGCACCACGUCCUCUUCUUCCUCCACCACUCUCACAGCCACAGAUGCUGCUGCCGCAGAUACCACCCUCCCCAGAGGGCUCCUGGCAGACCCCAGCAGCAGCAAGGCGCUUUCGCUACUAGCAUUCCUUGAUGGGAAAGGGCAGGGGCAGGGGCAGGGGCAGGGGCAGGGGCAGGGGCAGGGCGAGGAGGGGUGGACGUGGGUGAGCUUCGGCUGCUUUGUCUUCUCUGUGGAUCGCUGCGCUCCCUUGCCCGAUAUCAGUGAAGGGGACGAGUGGGCGGUGGAGCGGAUGGUGUAUCGGGACCCGGAGCCCUACUGCCGGGAGAACAGCAGCUACAGCGACAAGACCGUGUGCCAAAAGGCCGAUGGGCUCCGCAAGUUUGCUAGCAACCCUCGCAAAACCCUCGUGAUUCAAAGCAACCGAGUACUAAAUGCGGAGCCUGGAGGGUACAUUGCACCGACAGGAAGUGUUCGCAUAAACUACUUCCGGGGGAUUGUUGAACAGGAGCGGAGCACUUGCGAGUUUUCCUUGCUGAAUGAUGCUAAUGGCCAUGCCAAUUUGACUCAAGAUUACUCCAUUUUGAAUCUAGCCAUUGCAGCUCGAUCAAAACUCGCUGCAAACAGCAUUGUUUUAACGUAAUAUGAUUAUUUGUUUUGUGC